AAUUAAUGCAAACUUCAAAUUUCAGAAUUACUGUGGUGGAUGACUGUGACACCGUGGAGCUCUGUGGGGCCUUAAAGAACAUUGUGGCUGUUGGAGCUGGUUUCUGUGAUGGGCUGGGCUUUGGGGACAAUACCAAGGCAGCUGUGAUUCGCCUAGGCCUGAUGGAAAUGAUUGCCUUCGCUAAAAUCUUCUGCAAGGGCACAGUCACGAUAAAUACAUUUCUGGAAAGCUGUGGGGUUGCAGAUCUGAUUACCACAUGCUAUGGGGGACGUAACAGGAAGGUGGCUGAAGCAUUUGCACACGGUGGAAAAACAAUUGAACAGUUGGAAAAAGAAAUGCUGAAUGGACAGAAGCUACAAGGACCUCAAACAUCGGCUGAAGUCUAUAAGAUCCUGAAGCAGAAGAAUAUGGUUGACAAGUUUCCACUAUUCGUAAAUAUCUACCUAAUCUGCUACCAAGGAAAGUCAGUCAAAGAGUUCAUCGCUUGCCUGCAAAAGCAUCCGGAA